AUGAUCUAUGGCACUUGCAUCACAACAUUGAAGUCACUGAGCUCCAGAGCACUAGUUUUGCAUUCUUCGUUGAAUUUUCAAGUGAAGUUAACCUCUAGGUGUUCUCCUAGGCAGAUAAGAAUGGAAGCUAAUCUUAGUUGUAGCACAGAGGGCAACAAAAAAGAGGCAAGAGGUGCCUUGGUUGUCCUUGAAGGUUUGGAUCGUUCUGGGAAGUCUUCACAGUGUAGCAGACUAGUGUCCUACUUGGAGGGACAAGGGAUCUCUGCUGAGCUAUGGAGAUUUCCUGAUAGAACUACAAAUGUUGGCCAAAUGAUAUCUGCUUAUCUUACAAAUGCAUCACAGUUGGAUGAUCAUACUAUUCAUCUUCUCUUUAGUGCUAAUCGCUGGGAAAAGAGAUCAUUGAUGGAAACAAAAUUGAAAAGUGGAAUAACCCUCAUUGUUGACCGUUAUUCUUAUUCUGGAGUGGCUUUCUCAUCUGCCAAGGGACUAGAUAUUGAAUGGUGUAAGGCCCCGGAAAUUGGAUUGCUGGCUCCAGAUCUGGUAGCAUACCUUGACAUAUCACCAGAUAAAGCUGCAGAAAGAGGAGGGUAUGGUGAUGAGAGAUAUGAAAAGCUGGACUUUCAGAAGAAAGUUGCUGAACAUUACAAAGUUCUUCAUGAUGCCUCCUGGAAGGUUGUAGACGCUUGCCAACCCAUAGACGAUGUGGAGAAACAGUUGCAAGAGAUUGUACUUGCUUGUGUCACAGAAUGUCAAAAGGGAAAGUCUCUCUCCUCGUUGUGGUCGACAUAG